AUGGCCAAUUCCAAGCUCGCCGUGAUGAUCAGCUCUCAAGCCACGGUCCCGAACAAGGUAGCCACCCAAGCGAGCGUCAUGGCAGCUACCAAGGAGACCCUCCGUGCACAGUUGAUCGAGCGAGGCGAGCGGCCACCAACCAAGUGGACGAAAGCCGAGCUGCAGCAGAGGCUCGAAGAGGUCACGGGCGUGAACUAUACCGUGCGCGCCCCCAACAAGGAGAUCAGCGAGUACCGGCGCCUCAUCCAGGAGAUGAACGCAGCGGCCAGGAAGAAAGCCAAUCUCCAGGCUUUUUGCAAGGACACCCUCCGAAUGGGUCAGAUAGACAACAUGACAAUACCGCAACUGACCCGUGCCGCGACGCUGGAGAUCUACCACCGCAGUGUUCCAGACCCGACCGACAUGGUGGGGUUCGGCAAGCACGCCAGCCUGAUGUACUCCGAGCUGAAGGACUUGCAGCCGACCUACUGCCAGUGGGUGAUCCAAACUGCCAAAGAAGGCGAAGCCGACCCAAGGCUUUUGCGAUUGGCGGGAUGGCUCAGCAACCAGCCGGAGUAUGUUGCCAAGGCUGUGCAAGGAUCCAUGGCACGAGCCGCAAGCAGCUCAGCUUCAACGACGCCCCUGACACCUCCGAGGUCAUCCAAGACGAAGCCGAGCACCAGUCGUCGGAGCCAAGGGUACUCCCAGGGGAGUGCGAGCGACGAGGGGACCAACGACAAGAUCGACAAGCUCCAGGCGAUGAUGAUGCAGCUCCAGGAGGAGCUCAGCGAGUUGAAGCACGAGCCGGCUCGCAAGAAGAAGGGCAUCGAGAGCGACUCCGACAAUUCCGAAUCGGAAUUGAGCACCGAUGAUGGGGGCAAAGCCCCGAUGAGCGCUUCCCAGAGGCUGGCACAGAAAUUGAGUCUUGGAAAGGCUCUCAGACUGGAGCGAGCGUCUUAUGAGGUAGUGCCACAGCUUUUCGAAGGCCUGGUUCAGGCCAACCGUACAGUUCUCAUGGAGGUAGCAUGCCAUCCCGACAGUCUCCUUGCCUCGACGGUUCAGGCGCUGACGCAAGAGCCGGCGUCGGCCUCGAGGUGCGGUCAGUGGAAUGCAUGCGACCUCGCGACUUCUGAGGGAGUCAAGCUGGUGUUGAAAAGACUGGCCCUCGAGAGACCGCGCCAUGUCUGGAUCAGCCCCCCAGGGGGUGCUUUCAGUCCGUUGCAGCGCAAUAAUCAGAGCAGUGCCUCACAGAGGGAAGCCCUCAAAGAGAAGCGCCAGGAAGCCAUUCGCAUUUACAAGGGAUGUGUGGUAGUGACCAUGGCAUGUUUGCAGCGCGGUAGUCAUGUCACAUGGGAGUUGCCUGAGCAUAGUGAUGCGUGGAGAUUGCCUUUCAUGCAACGGCUCAAACGACAGUUUGGAAUGCACGAGGUGGUAGUAAAGGGCUGUCGCGUGAAUGCCAGGGAUUCCAGUGAUCAGAGGCUUCUAGGAAAGGGCUGGAAGCUGUGGACGUCAUGUGUGAGGCUGGCCGAGGUGAUGGACAUGCCAUGUAGGUGCGGUAAAGACUACAAGCAUGGGCAAAGUAGAGGCUCCGAGGCCCAACGUAGCGAGAGAUACACCUAUGAGUUUGCGAAGCGGGUGAGUGGAGUCUUUCUUCAGGAGUUGUCACACCAGCAGGUUCUUGAAGAGAGCAGCGGAAGCACGAAACUACCGGAGGUCUUUGGAGAGGGUUCUCGAUGCACGUGCGGCGUGUUUGGAGAACACCAUGACGGCAUAAAGUGCGGCGGAUGCUUGGGAUGCGGUAGUGUAGACCCCAGGCCAGGUUCAGGUGAGGAAGCCCAGGUACCAGAACCCCAGGUGGAAAGGUCUUCAGACAGCCUUCUAGGUAACCAACGCACAGGUGAAGGGGGUUUCGAGAAUUUCGGAGCCAUGACUGUGGAAGAACUGGAAGCCUUUAUGACUAAAGAAGCCUAUCAGGACCUGGAGCAAGAAGCCCUCACCCGAUUAGAAAGCCGCGAUUUCCAGCAUGAAACCUGCCAAAGCCUCCUCCGUAAACUCCCGCUACAACCGGUGGCCCGCCACCGAAAACUACUGGGAGCGGAACACGCGACCUACCUGACCUUCGGUGCCUACGCGCACGGGGCCAUGUACGGCGUGACCAGCCGCUCGUACCGAUUUCCCCAGUUGCUUCGGUUUGUUAAUGGGUAUUUGGACUGGUGGGAUUCUCCCACUCGAUAUCGCACGGCAGUUGUGGUAAGUUUGAACAAUCAGUUACCCUUGCACAAGGACAACCACAAUGAUGCCCGUUACCCCAAUCAAGUGAUAGGACUGGGCACGUAUUCAGGAGGCCAGCUGUGGAUUGAGGGACCGAACCCCAAGGAGAAAUCGAGUAAGUUAGUCAGUAGGACCUUGCCCAACGGAACCCAGGUUCAAGGCCACAUAGCUCCUACUCACCAACAAGUAGUGACCUUCAGUCCCAAACUGUGGCAUGAGACCCAGAAAUGGCAAGGAGAUCGCUUGGUGAUUUCAGGGUAUGUGGCCCGGGGAUGGGAGCGACUAGGUAAGUGCGAGCAGGGCUUGUUAGACAAGCUGGGAUUCCGAAGACCACCAGCUUCUGCUCAGCAGGCUCUUAUGCAAGGUGAGGCCCCUAGCCAGUCCUCCCAAGCAGGUUCCAGUACAGGCCCGACUAAGAAGGAGAUUGAAACCAUCAAGAAGAAACUGUACCUCCUUCACGCGGCAACGGGCCACGGGAGUAACAAAGGUCUAGUAGAGGCCCUGAAGCGCAGAAAUGCAAGCCCCCUGGUGAUUCAGCUGGCCCGAGAAUUUCAGUGUUCGGUGUGUGCCGAGAAACGUAGGCCUCCUCCCCGAAACCUCGCGUCCCUGGAGGUCCUUCCCCCAAAGUGGCAUACCAUUAGCACCGAUAUAGGACACUGGUUUCAUGCGAGAAGCAACCAACAUGUUCAAUUCAUGUUGGUGAUUGAUGAAGGGUCCCGGUUUCGGAUAGCAAAAAUUGUUUCCCAAGGGUCCAAGCAGCAGCCGUCCGGAGCUACAUGCACCGGUUACCUUCAAGAAGGGUGGAUGCAAAUCUUCGGAAAACCAGACACCCUGCGUUUGGAUCCCGCAGGAGCGUUCCGAGGGGAAGUCAUGUCCUCUUUCUGCGACCGACAUUCCAUAUACAUGGACAUGAUACCGGCUGAUGCACAUUGGCAGCUAGGUACCUGUGAACAGGCUGUGAAAGGUACUAAGGAACUGAUGACGAAGUUGUGUGAUGACGACCCUGAGUUGAGCCCCGAAGAAGCCCUGAGCCUCGCGGUGAGAACAUUCAACAGUCGUGAACAAAUCAGAGGGUUCACUCCGAUUCAGCAUGCCUUUGGAAGGAAUCCUGAUGUGACAGGCAGGGUUAUUGAACAUCCUCAGGAGUUGCCCGAGGAAUUGUUGAUUGAAGGAUCCGGGGAAGAUUUUCAGAGGUCUGCCAAGCUUCGGGCCACCGCCGAGAAAGCCCUCUGCGAUUGGCAGGCUCAACAACGGAUUAGCCGAGCCACCAACUCUAGGAGUAGGCCCAGCUAUGAUUAUGUGCCGGGUGAGUUGAUCUACUACUGGAGAAGUCAAGCCAGUGGUCGCAGUAGGAGGGAGCCAGGAGGACGCAACGGUUUCUUCCUGGGACCAGCACGCAUUUUGGCAACGGAAACCCGUCGAUCUUCCGAUGGCCAGUUGCGGCCAGGAUCAGCGGUGUGGAUAGUCAAAGGCAGGACCCUACUGAAGUGCUGUCCGGAGCAACUCCGGAGGGCAUCCCCACGGGAAGAGCUAAUAGAGGCUCUGAGCAACGGUCGCGGAGAAGACGCAACCCCGUGGACGUUCCAGAGAGUGGUGGAGGAGAUCGGAGGGAACCAAUACCAUGAUAUCUCUGGGGAGAAGCCUGGAACUUCCGAGUGGCAGAGAGCUCAGGAUGUUGAGGAGGCGGCGCAGCCUUCCCGCUUUCGAGUUCGUGGAAAAAGGGCGGAACCUGAAGGGGAGCAGGACCCAGAAGUCUGGGAAGAUCCCGAUGAGCCGGCCUCAGCGAGCCGACAGAGGGCCCAACCACGGGCCCGACAGGGGGGUCGACCGCCCCCAGUGACACUGCAAGCCGAGGCGUGGUGGGCAACUGUGGAGCAGGAAGAUUUCCCUGCAGCCGAGAAUGCUUUCUGGAGUGAAGAGACCGCCGCCGUGGCAGUGGAGAUCCCCGUGCCCACAUCAGCCAAAGGACUGCAGGCUAUGGUGUCUAACCCAGCAAGCUUCUUUGUGGGAGCGAUGAAAAGACGAGCUAUUGAAGUCUCAGAAAAGCAUCUAACAGCCGAAGAUCGGGAAGCCUUUGCUGGAGCCAAGGCCACCGAAGUCAAGAACUUCAUCGCCGCUCAGGCAUUCGAAAGUUUGCCGGAGCAUUUACGCCCCAGCAAGGAGCAGGCGGUACAGAUGCGCUGGAUAUUGACGUGGAAAACAAAAGAGGAUGGCUCUGUCAAAGCCAAAGCUCGCGCAGUAUUACUAGGCUAUCAAGACCCGAGCUAUGAACACCGAGCUACUACGUCACCGGUCAUGUCACGACAGUCCCGCCAAAUGCUCAUGCAGCUCACGACGAUGAAAGGCUGGCGCAUGUACAAAGGCGACGUCAGCGGCGCCUUCCUACAGGGGAGAGAGUACCCAGAUUUGUUAUACUGCAUCCCGUGUCCAGAGAUCUGCCAGGCCAUGGGACUGAGUCCCGGCACCAUCACGCGCUUGAAGCGUGCCUGUUACGGCCUGGUAGAUGCACCAUUGGAGUGGUACAAGACCAUAGCAGAUGUGCUUGAAAACGAAUUGGGGAUGGUCCGCUCCUGGUCCGACCCCUGCUUGUGGACAUGGCGACCCAACGGGGUCUUGAGAGGGGCCAUCAGUGGGCAUGUGGAUGAUUUUCUGUUUUCAGGGUCAGAGGAAGAUGCAGGCUGGCAGGCGCAGUUGCAGAGGAUAAAGGACCGGUUUAAAUGGGGUGAUUGGGAACAUGGGAGCUUCACUCAGUGUGGUGUUCAGGUGGUUCAGGAUAAAGAAGGUUUUCACCUUUCUCAGGAGCGAUAUGUAGAAGGGAUCCCCGAAGUGCCCCUGAACGCCAGCCGACGAAAGGAGAGCACCUCUCCCACAACACCUCGUGAACAAAGCCAGUUGAGAGCCACGUUAGGCGCACUCAGCUGGCACGCCCAACAGGUCGCGCCGCACUUCUCAGCAGAAGUGAGCCUGUUACUGUCCCAGGUCAAUUGCAGCAGUGUUGCUACGAUCGUCAAGACGAAUCAGCUAGUCGAGCGAGCUAAAUCUAAGAAGGGACAUGUCAUGAAGAUACACCACUUCCCUAAAGGAACUGAGUUAGGAAUCUUCGCCUGGGUGGAUGCUGCGAGUCAGAACCGGAGGGAUGGCUACAGCACCCAAGGACUUUUUGUGGGUUUGGCACCCACGAACAUGCUUCAGGGAGCUGUGGGUGCUGUGUCCGCAGUGGCAUGGCAUUCAAACCGCAUUGAUAGGUCGUGCCGAAGUCCAGGUGCUGCUGAAACACAGGCAGCUGUGAACGGUGAGGACGUAGCUUACUACGCCAGGUACCAAUGGGGCGAACUACUACAUGGCCCUCCAGAUCCCAGGGACCCCGAUGCAACCGUGUCCCAGGUUAUGGGCGUGGUCAUCAGCGACUCACGGAACGUCUACGACAAGUUGAACACCGCCGUCCUCACGAUAAAGGGGGCCGAAAAGAAGUCCAAUAUUGAGCUCCUCGCGAUCAAGGAGGCCCAGGAGCGCACCAAGCUCUUGGUCAGGUGGGUCCACUCGGAGGCCCAGCUGAGCAACUCAUUAACCAAAGAAGGGGGAAGUCACGAACUCGAGCUCUUCUACAAGAUGGGGCAGCGAUGGAGGAUAGUUGAAGACGCACAGAUGCGGUCAUCCCGCAAGCGGAAGAAGGAUGGAGUGGCACCACUCCAGCAGAGCGAUCUCGAUGGAAAUGUUGAUUUCUUAGAGGAGUUUUCUAUUCCCGGGGCUCUGGCGACUUUCGAGGACAACAAGAUGCCGAGGAUCAAGAAUGACUUGAUCAAGCACGUCGCCAUGGCUCUGGGCAUCAAUCAGAUGUUACAGUCCAUGUCCUACUUCAUCGCCGGGCCCGUGCAAAAGCAUAGGCCCAGCUUUGCUUUGAUCACCGUGAUGGGAGUUCAGGCCAUUGCCUUCUUCCUUCUGAAGUUGGACUGGCGGACGAUGGACACGGAGAACUCAGAUGAUGAGUCAGAGAAGCCGAACAAGCGGAAAGACGUAAGCAGCUUGGAAGGGUCGGAGUUUGUUUUCAUCUGCAUCACCUACCUGCUGCCGCCUGUGUUGUUGGUGGUCAUCCUCUGGAUCGCCCAUUACUUCUUUUCCGACCCGACGACCGGGGACUUGGACCAUCAAGGCCGCAUCGUCUCGCGCGUCCUUUCCACACCAAUCUUCUUCUUGCACGCGAUCUGGUUGUAUUUGGUUCGGCAGAGUAUCGCACCACACCACAAUGACCUCCUUCCCGUUCGCUUGCGCACGGUUGGCUACCUCGACGUCUUCACACGAGAUGCCCUCGUCGAGGAGCUGAUGCAGGAGGAUGAUGAGGAAAUGGAGCUGCAGGAGAAGAGCACCACACGCCGGCGACGGGGCCGAAAGAGCAGCAAGAACCGAACCAGCAUGGCUGCAUUGCGCACUGUUACGCUGUGCGACAGCAUCGUUUUCGAUGGCGAGGAGGAGUACUUGGAGCACGUGGAGUGCUCUGCCGGACGGAGCAGUCCCAGAAGCCACACGAAGGACUUCAACUCCCCCCGCAGCCCGACGAGCGAGAUGAUGUCGCCAGCUGCGUCGGAAUCACAGCCGCUGAAGGGCCGAUUCGGGCAAGACACGCCGAAGAAGGAUCCUGCACGUCGCGGCCAUGACCACGUUGCAUGGCUGGUCUUGGGACGCUUCACGACCACCAUGAUUUGGUUGUGGCUUUUUGGAGGCUUCAUCCACACGGUCAACUUCUUCCUUGAUGUCGGUGGCAGCCCGAUCGAUGUCAAUGGCAUCAUCACUCAAUCGUCGCCUGCCAAGAUACUGCCGGAGCGACGCAGACUUGUCGCGCAGUGGCCGGAGCCGGCGAACUUCUUUGAGGUCACGUCUCUGCACUGCAAUGCCUCCGGAAUGGUCAUCGGCACGCCCUUUGCAGUGAUCGCAAUCCAUCGCCACCGGUUCCCUCCCUGGGUGUAG